UUAACAAAAUAAUAAUUCAUUUCAACUUGGAACGUUAAUUAUAGCGGACGUCAAAAUGUUUGGUUUUAAUAUUACGUGGAUCCUUGCUAGCGCCAUUUCAAUUAUUUUAAUAUUCGUGUGUCGAAAUGUGUCCAAAAUUUACGAUUACUGGCUAAUCCGCGGUGUGCCGUAUGCGAAGCCGGUGUGGGGAUUUGGGAACUUGAGUUUUAUUAUGAGAAAGAGCGCUUGGGAGUUUUUCGACGAUCUGAGAAGAAAGCAUCCUCUUGACUACGUCGGGAUCUACUUGGGGUGGCAACCGGCUCUGGUGGUGCAGUCUCCGGAGCUCGCUCGGCGAAUCCUGGUGAAAGAUUUCAAGAAUUUCCAGGACAGAUAUUUGUAUUCCAACAGCUCAGACCCGCUCGGCUCGCUGAAUUUAUUCACAGUGAAGAAUCCAAUAUGGUCGGAGAUGCGACACCACGUGGCACCGUCAUUCACCACUGCUAAACUAAGAACUAUCACAGAACUGAUGAACCUAAACGCCACGGAAUUAGUACAAAAAAUCCAACGCGACUACAUUGACAAGAAACAACCAGUCAACCUUAAGGAACUAUUCACAAUGUACACAUCAGACACAGUCGGCUACACGGUGUUCGGUCUGCGUGUGAGUGUGUUGAGUGGUAGCGACUCUCCUCUCUGGGUAAUUACCAGCCACAUCGUCAGGUGGACAUUCUGGCGCGGCUUGGAGUUCACCAUGAUUUUCUUUAUGCCUGUCAUCGCGAAAAUAUUCAAGUUCAAAUUCUUUUCAGGGCCUGCCACAGAAUACGUAAAACAGUUGUUCUGGAAUGUUGUGAAAGAACGCGAAAAUUCUAAAACAACAGAACAUAAGGACUUAGUUCAACUUUUACUAAAAAUGAAAGAAACUAUGAAAUUGCCAGCGGAAGCCGGUUCACAGUUAGCAGAUGACCUGAUGCUGGCUCAAGCAGCAGUCUUCAUUCUAGGCUCAGUAGAGACGUCUUCAGGAACACUCAGCUCCUGCCUGCAUGAAUUGGCUCAUCAUCCCGAAGAACAGGAAAAACUUUAUAAGGAAGUCAGCGACGCGUUAACUCGGAGCGGAAAGGAAGUUUUGGAGUACGAUGAUUUAAUGGAACUCGAGUACCUAUCCGCUUGUCUUUACGAAACAAUGCGGAAGCAUCCAGCCGUGCCCUACUUGGACAGAAUAUGCGCUAAAGCAUACGACUUGGAGGGGGUGAGGAUAGAAGAGGGGGUGCCAGUGCUGGUGAAUGUGGUGGCCUUGCACCACGACCCUCGGUACCACCCCAACCCGGAACUGUGGGACCCGUCCCGUCCUACUGCUGCUUCUGAAAACGACAACCUUGGAUACACCUUCCUGCCCUUUGGAGAAGGGCCUCGAUUUUGCAUAGGCAAGCGAUACGGCAUGAUGCAGAUGCGAGCGGCAUUGGCCCAGUUGAUACACAAGUACAGAGUGGAGCCCGGCCCGGUGCCCUAUAUAGUGCAACCCGACCCUUAUAGUGUCCUACUGGCCCCUAAAAAUGGCGGCUGCGUGAAGUUCGUUCGCCGACAUAAAGCUAAUUAAGCUAUUUAUAUUUUAUAUCGAUUUAUGUUUCCGGAGCGGACGAACAGA